AUGUUACCCAGAAGUCACAGGACAAGCAGUCCGGGGCCUUCUUAUCCAAGGAGUCCUGGAUCUCUACGAUCAAAGAGCCCAGGAUCAAGGCCAGUGAGCCCAGGAUUCUCAAGAAAAAGGACCCCAUCCACAGGAUAUGCAUUGGACCAGCCAUCCGGAUCUCGAGCAUCUUCCAGAGAACGAGGACUUACCACGAGAAGGUCAAGUACUCCAGAAAGAGGGCAUUCGGUUGUCAAGACAGGAGCUAUUGUCAUAGAUACUGGUACAGGGACAUGUAAAGCUGGAUUUGCAGGUCAGCAGACCCCCCAGUCAAUCAUUGGGACAUUAGUUGGACACCCUACAGAAAAAUCUAUGAGGACUAGAAGAGAUAGACCAGAUACAUUCAUUGGAGAUCACGCUCGAUUGGAACCUGAUACCGAUAUUAUUUUUCCAGUAAGACAUGGCAUAAUCAUAGACUGGGAAGCAGCUGAAGCACUGUGGAGACACCUGUUCUACCAUGACCUCAAAGUUGCUCCAGAAGACCAUGCACUUUUAAUGUCUGAUCCUCCUCUCUGUCCAACUACGAACCGGGAAAAAUUGGUGGAGGUUGUCUUUGAGUCUCUCAAUUCUCCUGGGAUGUAUGUGGCAUAUCAGUCUGUACUAUCAGUAUAUGCUCAUGGAAAAAUUAGUGGAUUGGUGGUAGAUACAGGCUAUGCUAUGACACACACUGUACCAGUCCAUCAAGGAUACAAUUUGCCACAUGCUAUAGAAAGGAUGGACAUUGCUGGAGCCAAUAUGACAUCUUUUUUGAUCUAUUCUGUUUGGACAGGGGGAUCCAUACUUGCUUCCUUGAAAAAUUUUCAACCAUGUUGGAUCAGAAAAGAACAAUACCACGAGAAUGGACCAUACAUUGUCCAUAGGAAGUGCUACUGA